AUGAUCUUUGAGAAGUUGAUUAGAUUUGACAAUUUGGUAAUGCGUAAGGAGAAUGAUAAUCAAAUUGGUGGUGAGAAGUUGAUUAGAUUUAACGAUUUGGUAAUCCUUAGAGAAAAUGAUAAUCAAAGCAUUGCCACUGGGAAAUUAGUACUUGAGAAAGGUGGCGCUGGACUUUUACUUUUUCAAGCCAAAGGUAUGAGUAGUGAAGCGCCACACGCAAAACAGGGAAAGAAAUUACUCAGAACUACUGAAAUAGAGAUGGUUGUUAUCUUGAUAACCAUCCCAGUAACAACAAAGCCCUUAUGGGGAGGCCAGAGGCAACUAACUUGA